CGAAAGAAGAAGAAUUAUGACAGCUAACCUGAAAAGGUAAACAUGUUGACAUACAUUAUGAAAAAAGUCCCAAAAAUUGUUAUUUAGUAGAAAAGAUGCUUCUGCGGACAUUUAAAAAAUGUGGUAUGCCGCUUUCAUAAGAUUUGUAAGGCGUCGAAUCUUUUUAGGACUUAUUUUAACCCUUUCGUUGUGCUACUGCAUCUUCAGUUACAUUGGCAAAUCUGAAUAUACCGAUAACGACGAUGUAAUACUUAUAAAAAGGACACAGCCGUUUAUUUGGAGAACUUUGCAACAACAUAAUACAACAAAUGAUGUAGAUGCGAACUGUAGGAAUUCGGUACAAGGAAAGGCACUUAUAGUUGAUGACAGAGGCUAUGUUUGUCCAAGAAACCAGAUUCUAAGCAGCGGAUGUUGCAACAUUGAGUCUCAAAAUGUCUAUCAAUAUACUUGCGAGACUUGCAACACAAAUAAAUGCUGCGCAAUUUACGAGUACUGUAUUUCGUGUUGUUUACAUCCAGAUAAGAAAGAUGUAUUAGAAACGAUUUUAAAGAAGGCCACAGAGCAAAACAACGUACUGUUUGCUUCCGUGACUGAUCACUUUGAGUUGUGUCUGGCAAAAUGUCGGACAAAUUCUCAAAGUGUUCAGCAUGAAAACUCAUACAAGGAUCCUAAAGCAAAGCAUUGCUAUGGGGAAUCGGCACCAAGUACAAACGAUAUUGAGGAUGCUUAAGACAUUAAUUAUUCUCUUUUGGCAAGUGCAAUUCUAUUACAAGUAAGCUAACGAGCCUAAGUGCCAACCUUUUUAUGUUUUUAACCAAUUAGAAUAUUUUCUAUAUUAUUACUGAAUUUUUGGUAGGUAAUAAUAACUUACAUCAGUUAGAAUAUUAAAAUAGUUUAAUGUUCUGUCAAUAGAUUAAAUUUGGAUUUUCUAGUCACUUUAUUUUAAUUUCAAAGAAUUAUUAAAUGCUGUUUGUUUUAAAUUAAUUUCACAUACAUUAUCAUAACAUUUAUGGUUACUUAAUAUUUAUGUAUUAAUUUUAUAUUGCUUUUAUAGCUUAUUUUCAUUUAAAUGUUACAUAUAAAAAUUUUGGAAUUUUUUUUUAUCAGAGUAUACAAUAUUCAGAGUGGACCUAAAAUUGAUUAAUACUUAGUAUUAAAAUAAACUUUUAACAAUUAUUUCACCUUAUUUGGAGUAGAAAAUAGACUUAUCACUCCGUCCUUAAUUUUUUUAUAUACAGGGUGUACGUUAGUGUGCAAAAAACUUCAGGUGAUUGAUUUAAUGUAAGUUUUUUACUCAUAUUCUUUACACCCUGUAUAUUACAUUCACUAGUUCAAACAUAUCAUAGUUAGUCAAAAAAUUCGGAAUUUUUAUUUGCAAUAUUUAAUUUUACGCAUAAUGUACUAAAUACAUUUUAUUUAGUUGUGAUAAUAAUUAGUUUUAAGUAGAAUAAAUCUUAAUAUAUGAUAAAAAAA